AUGGAAAUGAGAGAUUUGGCUGGAGCUGGAGGUUGUGGAGGAGGUUUAGGUGAAGGUGGAGGCUUUGGUGGUGGUGGAGGAAGAGAUGUUGGAGGUGGUUUAGAUGAAGGUGGAGGCUUUGGAGUUAGUGGCUUGGAAAACGGCUUCAAUAAGAUGACUAGGUUAUUGGCUCUCGCUGAUCUCGAUAGGAUCACGGCUUUUGGUCUUUUGGCCGAAGAAAGUCGUGGCACGAGGCUGCUCGUGACAACCAAGUCUAAGAAAAGGAAGCAACUUCGGGCCAAUGAGUCUGAAUCCGAGCCGGAGCGUGUGGCCGUUCAGCCCGAGAGGUCGCAACCUUACCAGGCAUUUCAAUCGGGAGGGCCUCUCGGGGGCGCGACUGGUAUUACCAUCACUCCGGAGGGUCUGCGAACUAGGCAAAGGGAGGCCACGGAUCUUGGGAGGAGUCCAGGCAAGGAACCAACGGACGAGAAGCUACCUGCUGCGAGGCACGGGCACACCCGUGUUGGACUCUAUGGGACAACUUUUGGAUCAUUUGCAGCAGAUGGUGUUUACCCUACUGGAGUGCCAGCUCGCGAAAGCGUUCAAGCAGCCCUGCUCGCCAUGCACUUGUCCUUGCAGAAGGCUCAACUGGGGGCUACUGAGGGGCUAGUUGAGCUGAGAGAAGAGAACGUACGGCUUAAGCGAGACUUAGAAGCAGUACAAGCAGAGAAGAACCUAUCCACCAUUCAGAUGAAUCAAUACCUGUCUGAGAGGAAUGCUGUGCUUCGCUCGGUGGAUUUCCAGAAGGCCGAGUUGGAAAAGCGAGGAGAAGAAGUUAAAGAGCGCCAAAGGAUAGUGGCCAGACUCACCAAGGAGGCUGGAGAGAAAGAACUAGAGCUACGAAUGAACUCUGAGCGGGCUUUGCGAGUAGAGCAAGAAAGGGCACAGCUGUGGGAAACCAUUGAGAAGUAG